CGUGUCCGUCUUCAGAAAAACUCCGCUGAAACAAAUUCUGUAAUUAAACGUUCCUAGGCCUUUAGAACCACCAGUGACGCUACCUGGUUUUGUACUUCAGACUUUUGACAGUGCUGUCAGAGAGGCCAAAAUCCAAAAUAUUAUCUGUGACUUUACCACAGUAGGGCGAUCGGUCCAUCUCUUAUGUCUUGCUGCAAUACACCACCUUAACAAAGAUAGCAUUUAUCCAAGAACAAUGUCAGAAAGCGGUGACACCAGCAGGGAUGCCAAGUCAGCAAGCGUUCAAAGUGAAAGUAAGUCAGAGCCAAAAAUGGAGAGUGAUGGUGACAAUGACAGACCUGAUCAACACUCCUCCCUUGUUGAUAAAGAAAUGACUCAAAAGACUACAGAUUCAGACAGUGAGGAGGAUGGAGAUGACACUCAAUCUAACACAAACAGUAAUGCCAAAGUGGACAAAGAGAAUGACAUUGAAAAUAAGCAGAGGCCAGAAGUGACACCAAAGACAGCGGCUGAUGAAUCCGAUCAGAAAGAAGAUGAAGAUAUAGACACAUCUAAAGACUCUCAGCAGCACAACAACAGCAGUCAAUCCAACACAAGCACUAUAACUGAAAAGGACAUUAAGAUGGAAAGUGAAUUCAGUAAGAGAACUGAAGAGAAAACUGAGGAGGUUAAAGACACAUCUACAGACACUCAGGAGCAGGACGAUAGCAACACAAGCCCUAUAGCUAAAAAGGACAUUAAGAUGGACAAUGAACCCAGAAAGAGAACCAAAGAGAAAACUGAGGAGGUUAAAGACACAUCUACAGACUCUCAGGAACAGGAUGAUGGCAACACAAGCCCUAUAGCUAAAAAGGACAUUAAGAUGGACAAUGAACCCAGAAAGAGAACCGAAGAGAAAACUGAAGACAUUAUAGACCUGUCUACAGAGUCUCAGGAGCAGGAUGAUAGCAACACAAUGCCUAUAACUGAAAAGGACAUUAAGAUGGACAAUGAACCCAGUAAGAGAACUGAAGAGAAAACUGAAGACAUUAUAGACCCGUCUACAGAGUCUCAGGAGCAGGAUGAUAGCAACACAAUGCCUAUAACUGAAAAGGACAUUAAGAUGGACAAGGAACCCAGUAAGAGAACUGAAGAGAAAACUGAAGAGGUUACAAACACUUCUACAGACACUCAAGAGCAAGAAGAUUAUAACUGUCAAUCCAACACAAGCACUAUAGCUAAAAAGGACAAUAAGAUGGACAAUAAACCCGGGGAGAGAACAGAAGAUGUAGUGACACCAAAGACAGUGAUUGGUGCAUCAGAUCAGAAAGAAGAUGGGAUGACUAAAAAGGAUAUAGACACAUCUAAAGACUCUCAACAGCAGGAUGACAGCAGUCAAUCCGACACAAGCGCUACAACUAAAAAGGACAUUAAGAUGGACAAUGAACCCGGGGAGAGAACAGAAGAUGUAGCGACACCAAAGACAGUGAUUGGUGCAUCAGAUCAGAAAGAAGAUGGGAUGACUAAAGAGGAUAUAGACGCAUCUAAAGACUCUCAGCAGCAGGACGACAGCAGUCAAUCCGACACAAGCACUACAACUAAAAAGGACAUUAAGAUGGACAAUGAACCCGGGGAGAGAACAGAAGAUGUAGUGACAACAAAGACAACAGCUGGUCCAUCUAGUAUGGAAGAAAAAGCAAUUUGGUGGUGGAUCCUUCCAGUAGUAGCCAUCAUUCUUGCUAUGGUAUGUGCUGCUUUGUAUAAUCCUGACUCAACUCCACCUGUGCAAAAAGAGAAUAAUGUGGUGGAAUUGUUCACUGAGAAACUGAAUAAAGUCGAGUCUAGCUUUCCAAAUCAGCGCCCAGAGCUCUGGAGGAGAAGUCGUCUUCAUAUCAGCCGCCACUUAAAGACAGCCAGCCCCACUGAACCAGUCAGCCUGAUUCUGACAUCUGGUCAUGGCGCCGAAAGGACCCUCGGCUGUCUAGCUAAACACUUGGCUGAAGCCUUUUCCACUGCUCAAAAUUCCUCAGUCCUAAACAUUUAUGGAAAAAGCAAAUCAUUACAAGACAGUGAUCAAGUCAAGCUAGACAUUGAUAAUGAUCUCAGAGAAGCCUUUGAUGGUGAGAAGCUUGCUGCAGUUAUCCAUCGGUUUGAGGAGCUCCCACCAGGAUCUACUCUCAUCUUCUACCGUUACUGUGACCAUGAAAAUGCGGCUUAUAAAAAGGUCUUGCUGGUGUUUACGGUUAUGCUGAAUGCAGAAUUGGAAAUCACGGACAAUAUCUCUCUAGGCAGUGUUGAGGACAUGGUACACGAUCAAUUAAAACGGAAGUUUGUUUCCUCAGACAAGUCAGCUUUGUUUAAUCAAAUGGAUGUGGAUAAACUAAGUGGACUGUGGAGCAGAAUUUCUCACCUUAUCUUGCCAGUGGCUGCAGAAGAGGAAAGUAUACAGCAGGGCUGUGGGCUUGAAUCAUUUUGAAAAUUUAUUUUAUUUUGAAAGUUAUUGGACACUUUUGCUUUUUGCACAAAUUAGUAUUUGAACUGUUAUGUCCCUGCUUUGCCUCCUAAAUGAGGGUUCAAUGUGUAUUUCCUCACAUAGGUUAUCAGGACUUGUUGUAAAAUUGAUGGAUGUCAACAAAUAAGUUUUUUUAUUCAGAAUAUUUGUAUCUAAAUUAUGUCUUAAUUAUCAAUUAAAGUUGUUUUUAAAAUUUUCAUUUGAAUGACCAAUGUGUAUAAUUCUGGUUGUUUUUCAUAAUGGCCUUAAUAGAAACUAAUCGUGCCUUAAUAAAUACAUAUUUUAACUCA